AAAAAUCAUAUUUGUUUUCAUUAUGAAGUUCUAUGUAAUGUCUACGGUGAGCACAUAAGCUCUGGAAUUCCUGUUCAGCAUAUGAUGAUCAGCAAAAUGCUUCGCGGCUGCAGGGUUAAUCGUGAAUCAAAUUGGGAUAGCAAAUGGCGAGGUAUCUAGAAAUCAUAAGCCAAAACCGCGUUUGUUUGCAAAACAAAUCCCCAACAUCCCAGCAAACACGCUGCCUUUCCAAAUGAACCAGAAAUCCUCGGGAGCCAAGAAUCACACUCUUCGAAUCAUUUGCUGGCAUUUGGAAAAGGCAGCCGAGCUGCAAGGGUGCAGGGUUUGCAAGCGGAAGGAAGAAGGUUGGAAGGAAAAGAGAUCCGUCGGAAGCCCGCAGGCGGAAGUAGAUAUUCACAAACAGUGCUAGCAAAAUUUUCCUCGCUCAUUGCACUGUGAAUGCUUCACGUGACGGCGACGCCCGCUUAAGGCACUAGCGGCGGCAGCCGAAAAUUGGCGCCUCGGAUUGCGUAUCUAGUGACCGGAAAAACUGACUGCUAAGGCUGAAUGCAGCGAUAGGUGACGCAGGUUUUGUGACGAGAUGAUGUGGGUGCCUCUCUGCGGAUAAUUGUUGAGGUGCAGCGCAGUAGGCUGUAUCGAGGCGACAGGUUGGUUCCAGAGUCUUACGCCUUUGUCAUGGCCGUUCCAAGGUCCUGUACGGCAUUUCGCCAAACGAGAGCG